AUGGGGUUGGAUGCAUCGUCGUACAACGCAGUACGUCGUACACCGAGGCAACAUGUAUCUUGCACGAACAACGCCGUGGCAAAGGACUGUUUCAGUGAGAACGAGAAUACGACGACCCUCGGUACACGAGCGAGACACGAGCGAGACACGCAGGCGCCACAAGGAGAGCGUAGCACAAGAUGGCGUACGACAUACGUCCGACAGUGGCACGGGAAGACAGACGGUGAGUAA